UAGGUGGUAUUCAGAAUUAGCAGCAAUUAUUGCUAAUAGGGAUGGAAACAGUUUCAGUCACUGUGUAUUGAGAGUGUUUGUGUAUGUGAGGACUGAGGGGGUCAUCUACAAUGCAGAAGUAAAUAAAAAACAGAAUUAAAUCAUUUUCCAGUCGAAAUAAACAUACAUUUUAUUCACAAUAUAACUUGGAACACAAAUUACAUGUGAUUUCCAUGAUGUUCUAUUUGUGAAAGGUCUGGAGGGCAGGCAGGUAAGUUCAGCAUCCUAGCUCUUCUUCUGUGAAGCCAUGCUGCUCUAAUGGGUAAAGUAUGUGAUUUAGCAUUAUCUUACUGUCCAAUAUCCAAUGCCUUUCCUUAAAAAAAUGUUGUCUGGAUAGGCACAGAUGUUCUUCUAAAACUCCUCUAUACUGUUCAUAAUCUGUCGUAAUCUGUCUCUAUGUGUGUCUAUCUGCAAGGCUGCAGGCUACCACCAUCCGACCGUCCCAGGGCGUUAAAUAUAACACAGGCAUUCGCUUUCGGAACGAAGAAUUUGCGUGCAGUGAAAAUGAUAGAGUCCUACCUUUCAACAUAGAGCCAAUCAGCUUGCUGGUAAAGCUGGAAGAGGAGGAGGGACAAGGUGGCACUAUUGGAAAAAAGCCCCUAAUGGAUGUAAUUGUGGUUGGUGGGUCCUGGGUCACCCUGUCAGUCAACUGUGGAGCUUCAAAAGCGGCAAAGGCUGAAUAUGUGAUGCCUUAAAUACAACACCACCCACCCAUAAAAGAAGAGGAACAGCUAUUGUGGACUGACGGCUCACUGUCAUGUUCCACACCAUCUUCCUGUCCAUGGGCAACUUAUAGGUGUGAAGUCUUAGUUGAAUUAAGACAUUUCAGUGGAGACACCUUUUAUCAAGAGCCAUGGCCAGCAAGAGGAAGUCCACAAUUCCCUGCAUGAUCCCUGUGAAGACCAUGCAUCUGCAGGAUGAGCUUGAGAAGGGCCGGAAUUCUCCUUCGUCCAAGGAAAGCAGCUUCUUCCACAAGGAGGAAGCGAGUGGGAAAGGCUUCCAUGGUCUGGACGAAUCUUCUGGGCAGGAUUCGAGUGAUGCGCAGAAAGACGGUGGCACUUAUACCUGCAGGCCCUGCAAUUUUGAGACCCAAGACCUGAACCUCUUCCUGGAUCAUGUCUACAGUGGGCACCCAGAGUUUCGUUCAGAGCCCACCUUCCUAUGUGUGGACUGUGGAGUCAGUGCUGUGAAAUUUGAAGGGCUCGCCUUGCACAACGCCAGGGUCCACCCUAGCACGAUGACCACCAUUCUUCAACUGAAAAAGAAGGACAGGAAGGUCAUUGUGGAGCAGAGCCUCGUUGUGGGCGCUGGGGAAAGUGCUGGUUCAAAGGAGUCUGAGAUUUCCAUCACCAAGACGCCCAUCAUGAAAAUGCUGAAGGGAAAAUCUGAGCCCAAGAGGAUUGUGGUUUCCCAUCCCAUCACAGAUGAGCCUUCAUCAACCAUCAAGCAAGUGGAGGCGAAAGAUUCGCCAGCAGUUACGGUCACCCACGUCCCUACCAUCGUACACAAUGGCGCGGCAAGCAAAGUCACCUUGCCCUCUGCAAUACAGAUCGUCAAUGGCUCUGGAGCGUUGCCUAUGCUAAAAACAGCCAUGACCCAAGUUGUCUCUGUGGUUCAGAACAGGAGUCUCAACCAGCAUUCGUCAUUGUCCUCCUCCUCCCCAUCCUCCUCCUCAUCCACCACAUCCAACUCCAAGAAUUUACCGAAAGUCAUGAUUCCUCUGAGCAGCAUUCCCACCUACAGUGCGUCCAUGGACAACAGCAGCUUCUUAAAGACGUCCUUCAGCAAGUUCCCCUACCCAACCAAGGCUGAGCUGUGCUAUCUGACUGUAGUUACCAAGUACCCCGAGGAGCAGAUCAAAAUCUGGUUUACAGCACAGAGGCUUAAGCAAGGAAUUAGCUGGUCACCGGAGGAGAUUGAGGAUGCCCGCCGGAAGAUGUUCAACACCAUCAUACAGACGGCGCCCCCUGCUGGUCAACAGCAGCAGCAACAGCGUCAGAUUCACCAUAGCACUCCUCAGCAAACCAUCACAGUCCUGCCAGCCUCUCUAGGGGCAAGCGGUAUCCCUCACAUAUUACAGGGAAGUCUGGUAAGCCAAGGAGGAGUCAUUGUUACUCAACCCAUGAUGGCUAAUGGGAUUCAGGUCAGCAGUGCCCCUGUUGCCCUGGCUGUUACACCCAAGCCACAGGCUGCAGCUAAGCCCACAAUGCAGGCAAAACCUGCUGCAGCCCUUGUAGCUGACAAGGGACUCAACAUAGUGGUGGGUUCUGUUGGAAGCAGCAAUAGUGGGAAUUACACCAUCAGCAAUAGCAGCAGCAACACAAGCAGUAUUAUUACUAGUGCCAGCACAAACACCAGCCUGUGCGGUCAUGCGAGUGUUAUUAGCAUUGGUAGCAGCAGCAGCAUCAUCAGCAGCAAUGGCAAAAUAAAUAAUAACAGCAGCAGCAAUAGCAACAAUGGUAAGGCCAAUUUACCUAGCACUAAUAGCAGAAGCAGUACACCCAAUGACAACAAAAGCAGCACUAAUGGUAAAGGUGGCACUGCCAAAGGUAGUGUGGAGAGUAAAGGCAGCACUGAUCCUAAAGCAAACGCUAAGAACAGCAGUGACAACAGGAGCAGCAGCAGCAGUGGUAGCCCCAAUGUUUCUGCCAGCAACAGCCCAGCUCCCACAAGUACCACUGACAGCAUCCCCACUAAAUCUGAUUCCCCUUCACCAGCUUCUUCUAACUCGCGCACUCUCUCCACCGCAAGCUUCCUAGACCCCAGCUUUUACAAAGCCAAAAAAUCCCAAGAACAGCUGUUAGCCUUAAAGGAAAGCUUCCUUGUCAGCCAGUUCCCCAAUCAAGAGGAGGUAGACAGGCUCACGAGCUUAACUGGCCUGACAGUCCGUGAGGUGCGCAAGUGGUUUAGCGACCGUCGCUACCAUUUUCGCAAUCUCAAAGGUUCCAGGUCAAGCAAUGGUGGUCAAACAUCAGCAACCAGCAGUCCCAGCUCUUCUAGUGCCCCUGCCUCCACUGCUGCUGGAGAUAAUUCAGACAGCCCUGCACCAACAGAAAGACCCAAAACCCCUCAAAAGAUGCCUCUGAGCCCUACACGGCAGCAGCAGGCGACGACACCGCCCACACCUACGAGACGUACUCCACGAGCUCCAUCUCCAGACUUCACAGCAAUACGGUACAAAGAGAGGGAGCCACACCAGGUCCGUGCUCUUGAGGCUAGCUUUGCCCAGGACUCUGAUCCAUCUGGAGAAGAAGUGGACAGGUUGCGAGGGGAGACCAAAAUGACUCGACGCGAAAUCCACGGCUGGUUUUCGGAGAAGCGCAGGAGAGUGGCAGCAGAGAAGAAGAAGGAAGAGUUGGAACGGGCGGAGAGGGAGGAAGAUGAGGAAGAGGAGAAAGAAGGAGAAGAGGGGGAAAGGAGGGAGAAGGGGAAGGCGGAGGCAAAAGGUGAUAAAGAAGACACGGAAGAAUCGUUGUCAGAAACACAGGAGCAGGACAAAGACGAGAAGCUGAAGGAAGACUCGUCUGGUACCGAGCCAAAGGUCAACCCGAUAAAGAUUAAUCUCAAAAUGCUGAAAGUCACUGAAUCCAACGGAAAAGGUGAAGUGGAAGGAAGUCCGCAGCCAGAGACUACUAAAGUGCCUCCCUCUGCUCCCCAGACAUCCACCCCACCACCACCAUCAUCAUCAUCAUCUCAACCAUCCCAAACUGCAUAUCGAGGCAAGAAGACACCUGAGCAGCUUCAUAUACUAAAGCAAGCAUUCGCUCGCACCCACUGGCCCAGCAGCCCUGUGUACAAUGAACUGAUCGCCAAAACUGGCCUGCCUCGUCCAGAGGUGGUGCGAUGGUUUGGGGACUGUCGCUAUGUCCUAAAGAACAAUCAACUCAAGUGGCUUGAGAGCUACCAGUCCAUGGUAGACGAGGAAGACUUUCUGAAAGGUGACCUCAGCGUCCUUCAGGAACACUUGAAUGCCUGUGGUAAGCUGGAGGAGAAUCAGCUGGAGGAGCUGGCCAAGUCAAGUGGCCUAAGUGAGGAGCUGGUCAAGAGGUGGUUCUCAAGACAAACAAAAGCACCCGCUGUGUCCGACGACGCAAAAUCAGAAGAUACAGAGCCUGUGGAGCCUGCAGAGACAAAGGCUUCUCCCUCCACAGCUAAAGGCAAGACGGCCUCAAAAACAGCACAGCAGGACGACGAGGAAGAGAUGGAGGAGUCGGCGACCGUCACCGGUAAAGAUCAGACCACAAAGGUGGAGACUGGAGAAGAAGCUGCUGGUGAUGAUACUGAAGGUUCUGACUGACGAGGCGAGACGGGACGGGACCAUGAGUGAGUGUAUGAGAGGGACGGAUUGUGCCCCACGGGAGGUGCAGCACAGGUGGCCUUUAACUGCGAGUCGAGUGUGUGUGUGUGUGUGUGAGUGUGUGUAGAUGGCAGAUGUGAUUGUAAGAGAAUCACUGGAAGAGGAGGAGGAGGAGGAGGAGGAGGAGGAGGAGGGCUCUCCAGAAGUGAUGCCCAGUUUUUAAACUCUUCACCCUGACGUCAACCAGCCACUCCACACCCCCUCCACAGGGGGAGGGGAUCUCUUAGCCUGUUUUAUACACCCAGGAUUAAUUUUUUAGGGCUACAUUUCAACUCCAAGUGGAGAGAUAUGGGACAUGAACUGAGGAGGUUCUGAGACGAGGCCUUCAGACUGGACGGACUGGGUCUGCUGGACUGUGAUCGAGCGUGGGAGAGACGGACUUGUUUCCAGGAGACGUAGUGGUUGUUCGGUAGAUGUACGGUACGAUUCAUACUGCACAGCUCUCAGAGCUUCAUUUUUGUGCUUUUUGUUUUGUGUCGGGACGUUGUGAUGACUGACGGUGCACGUCGAGGAGACGUUUAUCUGUAUUCCAUAGCUGAAGCAUCAAUACUGGAGCACAUUGUCUUUGUGUUACAUUUUUCCUCUAGGAAAAAAAAUAAAUAAAUCAUGAUUGUUUAAAGCGUCGAACGGUUUCACCAGUACGAGUACUGCUAGGAUUGUUGUAUAAUUUUUACAGAUAUUUGCAGAAUAAAUGGAAAAAUUAACAAAACAAA